UCAUCAUGCACGGUCAUUUAUGUCAAUCGCCAGCAAGCACUGACAACACUUUGUGUAGCUGGGAGGUGAGUUUAGUAUCGCUCAGUCACGCUACGGAACUCGAAUAUCUGGCGAAAUAAUUCACAAUGUUAGAGUCUCCUGUUAGCAGUCUCAAACCCCGAGAUCCCUCGCUGGAUUUAAUGCAAGCAGGGUGUUUUGCUGUUCACUCUAUUCUAGAUGCGUACCUACUCGGUGCAUCAUAUGAUGUUGACGAGUCUCCUCAUCUUAUGGGCCAUUGUAGCUUCAACUGCAUCAACUUCACACCCAGGCACAAGAAAGUACUCGUUCUAUUCACUUAAAGAACAUCAUGUUAGCCCAAAAGAUUGGAUACGAGGUGAGCGAGCGCCCCGUCAGCAUCAGCUCAGCCUCCACAUUGGUCUUGCGCAAGAAAACUUCAAAGAGCUGGAGAAGAAACUGGAGGAAAUAUCUACUCCUGGCCAUCCAAGAUUCAGGCUUCAUCUUACAGCACAGGCUGUAAGGGCUCUUGUUCAGCCUUCUAACAAGACAAUCGAUGCCGUGAAAGAGUGGCUGGAGGGCUAUGAAGUUCCAGUGGAGCUGCUCGAGUUUUCACCAAGUCGAGAUUGGAUCAUCACACCGAAACUGCCGAUUUCAUUAGUUGAGAAAUUACUUCAUACAUCAUAUCACGUCUACCGAAAACAGAAUGUAACAAUUGUCCGCACCGAGGACUGGUCUCUGCCUUUACAUCUACAUGGACUUAUCGACAUCGUGCAACCCACAACAUCCUUUUCCCAAAUGAGGCCGCUUAGUAUCUUAUCACAAUCUCGUCAGGUGCAGUCUUCAACGCAACCAUCGCUGAAUGAUGCAGCCGAGGACAUUGCCGACGGCGUUGAUAUAUUGCAUAAGAUAGAUCUAUCCAACCCACCAGUUGACAUGACGCCGAAAACGGCUUGCAAUACUAGCGCAGUGACUCCAAUAUGCUUGCGCACACUUUAUGGAACUUUGAAUUACACAGCCCAAGCAGCAGAGAAGAAUAGUAUGGCUCUGACCAAUUACUGGGGCGAGUUCAAUAACCGCUCCGAUAUAAAACGCUACCUGCAUCUCUACCGUCCGGAGGCUGCCGAGGCGGCGAACGACUUUACCAUUUACGAUAUUGGCGGUGCUGUCAAUCAGCAAACACCAGCCACCGCAUCACAGCUCGAGCGUGGGCAGGGACGUGAGGGAAACCUAGAUGCUCAAGUCAUGCUUGGCGUCGGAAGCCCUACCCGUCUGGUAACUUAUAGCGUCGGGGGCGAGCCUCCACCGUACCAGCCCGACGUGUCGCUUCCAGACAACACUAAUGAGCCAUUUCUGACUUGGCUACAGUACAUUCUAGCCCAAACUGAGCUCCCCACGGUGGUCAGCACAUCAUAUGCGGACACCGAGUACACGGUUCCGCCGUCCUAUGCCAAAUGGGUUUGCAAUAGUUUUGCACAGCUAGGGGCCAGGGGCGUAACUGUUGUCUUCGGCUCCGGCGACUGGGGUGUCGGGGAUCCGAAGCAGUGCCAUUCUCCUGCCGGAAAUCCCAGGUUUGUUGCGCGCUUUCCCGAAAGUUGCCCUUACGGCACCUCAGUGGGGGCUACUCGAAACAUCAACCCAGAGAUCGUGGCAUAUAAUGAUCGAAAUGGGUUUGUGAGUGGUGGUGGGUUUAGCGAGUACUUCGCGAGGCCGGCCUAUCAGGAUCAUGCCGUCAAUUCCUAUAUCUCUAGACUGGAAGGUUUGCACGAUGGGCUAUACAACAGCCACGGGCGCGCGUACCCGGACGUCGCUGCUAUGGGAUACCGCAUCGUAACUGUUUGGAACGGAACGACGAAGGUUGUUGAUGGCACGAGUGCUUCUGCUCCAAUCUUUGCGGCGGUGGUGGCUCUAGUCAACGAUGCCUUAAUUGCCGAGGGUAAGCCUCCCUUGGGGUUCCUGAAUCCCUGGCUCUACUCAGGCGGAUUCAGGGCCUUCACUGAUGUUACUUUGGGCUCGACUCGAGGUUGUAAUACUUCGGGUUUUCCGGCGAUGAGCGGAUGGGACGCAGCUAGUGGGUUUGGAACACCUUGGUUUCCCAUGUUUAGGUCACUUGCUAGCCAGAAUAGAUUUAGGCAGACAUAUCCUUGGUAUAUAGAUUGAAUUAAAGUCUUCCGGAGAGCUUUCAACAAAUACCAAAUAAAGCUUCAUUCAGGUGGGGUGCCUUGUUUCGUGGAGCGUUACAGUAAGGUAGAUAGUUAUCGGGAAUGACAAAAGGGCAUCGCGUGGCAGAUCAGUCAGAAGCAAUAUUCGAAAAUACCCAUCUCCUACUCAAGCUAAGCGUAACUUUAUAGUAUUUAAAUGAACGUUUCAAAAUAUAGCAC